AUGUUAAUCCCUUGGGCGGGCAAGCCACAAGGAGCUAAGAGCCCGAAGGCGAGAAAAGUAAUCACUGAUAGCAAGGAGGGCCCGAGCAGACUGGCGGGUCGUCAGUAUUCGGUGCAUUUGCUGAAGACACUAAAGUACAUACAUAUUGAUGAUAGAUGGAUGGAGCCUAAGAUAAACCUGACGAAUAAAGCCAUCGAGAGUUCCCAAUUUGCCCAUAGCCAUUGCCAUUUGCCCCAUUUCGGACGAGCGAAAGCCACCAAGCCAGAGAAAGCACCUCUCAGCAGGCGUUUGCCACAUGCCCGAGAGAAUGUGAAAGACGUCAGACUUUGCAGCAUCCCCUUUUAUCCUAAAGAUGUCAUCAUACUGUGA